GAACCACCAUACCCUGGAGACACAGGGAGUGACACCACCCCUGGGAAUUGGCCGCUCAGCUCUGAGACUGUCCCCACCCAGGCUUGCCGUAAGUCUCCCAUAAACUCGGCCCUCCUUUGGAUCAAAGCCUCCUCAGCGUUUUGAGUCAGCCUGAGAGGGACAGAAAGACUGCUGUAUGGGCCCUGCUGCCAGUGUGACCUCACCCUCUCCAGUGCCCCUUCUCCGUGCCAGCUAUGAGUUCCUGCAACUUCACACAUGCCACCUUUGUGCUUAUCGGUAUCCCAGGACUAGAAGAAGCUCAUUUCUGGAUCGGCUUCCCUCUGCUCUCUAUGUAUGCCGUGGCAGUGUUUGGAAACUGCGUCGUGGUCUUCAUCGUAAGGACGGAGCGCAGCCUGCACGCACCCAUGUACCUCUUUCUCUGCAUGCUGGCCGCCAUUGACCUGGCCUUGUCCACAUCCACCAUGCCCAAGAUCCUUGCCCUCUUCUGGUUUGAUUCCCAGGAGAUUACCUUUGAUGCCUGCAUGACCCAGAUGUUCUUUAUUCAUGCUCUUUCAGCCAUUGAGUCCACCAUUCUGCUGGCCAUGGCCUUUGACCGUUAUAUAGCCAUAUGCCAUCCACUGCGCCAUGCCGCAGUGCUCAACAACACAGUGACGGCCCAGAUUGGCAUGGUGGCCCUGGCCCGUGGAUCCCUUUUCUUCAUCCCACUGCCUCUGCUCAUCAAGCGGCUAGCCUUCUGCCAGUCCAACGUGCUCUCACAUUCCUAUUGUGUGCACCAGGAUGUGAUGAAGUUGGCCUCUGCAGACACAUUGCCCAAUGUUGUCUAUGGUCUUACCGCCAUUCUUUUGGUCAUGGGUGUGGAUGCCUUGUUCAUCUCUUUGUCUUAUUUUCUGAUUAUACGAGCCGUUCUACAACUGCCUUCCAAGUCAGAGCGGGCCAAGGCCUUUGGAACCUGUGUAUCACACAUCGGCGUGGUACUGGCCUUCUAUGUGCCUCUCAUUGGCCUCUCGGUGGUGCAUCGCUUUGGAAACAGCCUUCAUCCCAUUGUGCAUGUUCUCAUGGGCGAUGUCUAUCUACUUCUGCCUCCUGUGAUCAAUCCCAUCAUUUACGGUGCCAGGACCAAAGAGAUCAGAACUCGAGUGCUAGCUAUGUUUAAGAUUGGCUAUGACAAGGACUUUCAGGCUGUGGGAGGCAGGUGACCCGUAUGGUGGCACUUACUCUUACCCUUAAUGGCUUGACAUAAUGAUUUCGUAAUGCUAGCAUAAUCCCAGUUGCCCAUAAACACAUCAGUGCUUUUCUCUAGUU